ACUCCUCCCACCACACAGAGGCAGAGGCUUUAAAAACACAGAUUUUCCAGCCGCCUUCCUCACCUGUAGCGCUUUGUCGGAAAGAAGUCGCAAUGUUUUUCACGCUGUUUUCAGCAACCACAUGGACUUUGCUGGUCCUGCUUUUCACGCUGAUAUUACUGUACGGAUUAUGGCCAUAUCGGUUCUUCAAAAAGCUGGGGAUACCUGGACCGAGGCCCCUGCCUUAUAUUGGAACGAUGCUGGGCAUAAGAAAGGGACUUCUUGGUUUUGACCUAGAGUGCCAUGCCAAGUAUGGGGACGUCUGGGGGUUGUACGAUGGACGAACGCCGUUGUUAAUGGUGGCCGAUCCUGAGAUUGUUAAAACCGUGAUGGUGAAGGAGUGCUACUCUGUGUUCACCAACCGCAGGGAUGCUGGUUUUUUCACCGGACCUAUGGAUGACGCUGUUGUAGUAGUCAAAGAUGAAAGGUGGAAACGAAUUCGCAACAGCGUGUCUCCAUGCUUCACCAGUGGAAGACUGAAACAGGUUUUCCCCCUCGUUGCUCGCUAUGCAGAACGACUGGUUGCAAAACUUGAGGAAACAAAUUUGGACGAACCCAUCACUGUCAAACAGUUUGUGGCUCCUUACAGUUUAGACACUGUGACCAGUGCUUCUUUCAGUGUGGAGAUAGACUCCAUAAACAAUCCAAAUGAUCCAGUUAAUGUUCAAGUCCAAAAGCUCCUUAAAUUCAAAAUGUGGCUUUUCUUAUUCAUAAUGGCAGUUCCCUUUGGUGGACGUCUGGCAAAGUUCCUGAACAUGGAAAUCAUACCCAAGGACAGCGUUGCCUUUUUCUACAACCUCCUCAAGAAAUUUAAAAACCAGCAUCAUGAAGACAAAUCUGCUCGAGCAGACUUCCUGCAGGUGUUGAUCCAGAGUGAGAUCCCAGAAAAGACGUAUAAGAACGAUGAAGAACAGCCAAGUAAAGGUUUGACUGAACAUGAGAUCCUUUCCCAGGCCUUGGUCUUCAUCUUUGGAGGCUACGACACCACCAGUACCGCACUAACUAACAUCCUUUAUAAUCUGGCCACCAACCCUGAUGCGUUGCAGACCUUACACAAAGAAAUUGAUGCUAACCUGAAGAAAGAUGCACCCAUUUCAUAUGAAGAGCUGACCGGUCUACAGUACCUGGACCAAGUUAUACUUGAAUCCAUGCGACUGAUUCCCACUGCCCCUCGCCUUGACAGGGUGUGCAAAAAAACUGUGCAAGUGAAUGGACUCACCAUCCCUGAAGGAACCACAAUUGGGAUUCCUGUGUGGGUGUUGCACAAAGACCCACGCUACUGGGACUCACCUGAGCUUUUUAGACCAGAGAGGUUCAGUAAAGACAGCGGGGAGGAGGUGAACCCAUACGCGUUCAUGCCAUUUGGACUCGGCCCUCGUAACUGCGUUGGGAUGCGCUACGCCAUCCUUGUCAUGAAGAUGGUUAUUGUCUGUCUCUUGCAGAAGUACACUUUGGAAACAUGCAAAGAGACCAUGAUUCCACUUCAGUUUGACUGGAAGUUUCAGCCAGUUCAGCCUGUAAAACUCAAGUUUGUUCCCAGAAAUCAGUAGUCUGAGAGGGAACGUCUCCAUCCUAUCAAAAAAAAUCCUAUCAAACAUUUUAUUGUAUGAUUUUCUUUUAAUGUGGGGCAAGUGCUGCCAUAAGGACAUUCAGUAUGCAAUUUUUUCUGCUGCUUAACUGUAAAAUGUUAAAUCAGUGCAGUGUAAAUAUUUGAAUUUUCUUGCAAUAUUAAUAAAUCAAAUGUAUUUUAAUUACUUUUCUUUAAAUUGUGUUGAACUUUUUUCAGAAAGCUAACUUUACUAAUGGUUUACUGUAUGAAUUUCCUGAUAACCAUCUUUGAUUUGUGCAAACAUAUUAUUCUGUGACACUUUAUCUUUAGGUUUGCCUUUAUUAUUUUUGUCUUGUUUUCCGUCAUGCAUGAGCUUUAUACAAAUGAAUAAAUAAAAUUACAAUUUGAAAUCUAGAGACUUAUCAGAAUAUCUCUUGGGACAGUUAAGUCCAUGAAAUAAGCUGCUGGCAG